GAGAAAUUCACGCCUACAACGACACGGUCACCAGCGUGGGCAUUGGACGCGUAAAUUUGUUUUCCUGGGUCUGCUUCGUCCCUAGGCGACCUCAGACUCGGGGGACAGUCAUAUGCUAUCAAGAUUCUUGCUAGCAAGGAGAUUGACUCGAUUUGUGCAUUCCCACCACCAUCUGAUAAGACCAGUUCUGACUCAACAUCCUACACAACUUUCACCGUUGCACUCACCACGAAAAAUUCUCUCUUCAUCCACGAUGGAAGCAGUGACUUCAUCUCUUGCUUCAUUAUCCCUCAAACCUACAGCAACAAUAUCUCAUGCCACCACUGAUUCUCCUGCAGCCUGGCGCGGCGCCCUCAACGCUACUGCCGGCGUCCCACAAGGAUUCGAGCUCAUCAAAACUUUGGUUUACAAGCCAAAAACAGCAAAGACAGCUACACCUAUUCCAGUCGUGGUUAUCGCUCGAGAGUCUACGACUGCAAGCUCGUCUGCGAUUGGGAAGAAGCUGGAUUUGAAGGACUUGCGGUUGGCAUCGGAAGAUUUGUUGAGGGAGUUUUUUUCACUGGAUAAGCAUUCUCUGUCUCCACUCGCUCUGAACGACAAGACCUUCCCGAGGGUGGUCACCAUAGUCGAUGCCUCGAUCGGAACCUCUUCAUCGGUAUUCGCUCUGCACGCGCUAUCCUCCAGCUCCACCAUAUUCUUGAAUGGCUCAGAUGUUUUGAAAUAUCUGAAAAGCCUAGAAACGGAUGAAGUAAAACUGCAAGAAUUGGACCUUCAAAAUCUCGAUACCGCUGCUCCAGCUGCAACAACCCCGAAAGCUCCUGCCAAAGAAAAAGAAGAUGCAAAGAUCGAGGGUUCCGUUCAGAUCGCGAUUGGCGUCAAGAAAGAGGUCGAUUUCCCGACGUGGUAUACCAACGUUCUGCUGAAAGCAGACAUGUUAGAUUAUUACAGCGUCAGUGGAUGCUAUAUUUUGAAGCCCUGGUCGUAUGGUAUUUGGGAAGAAAUUCAACGAUGGUUUGACGCUCAGAUCAAGGAACUGGACGUUCAAAAUUCAUAUUUCCCCAUGUUCGUGUCCUCCAAAGUCUUGGAACGUGAAAAAGACCACAUCGAAGGAUUUUCUCCUGAAGUUGCAUGGGUGACAAAAGCAGGAAACUCCGACCUCGAAGAACCCAUCGCCAUCCGUCCUACAUCCGAAACCGCCAUGUACCCAUACUACGCUAAAUGGAUCAAGAGUCAUCGCGACUUGCCUCUCAAGCUCAAUCAAUGGAACAGUGUCGUACGGUGGGAAUUCAAAAAUCCCCAACCGUUCCUGCGCACACGAGAGUUCCUUUGGCAAGAAGGGCACACCGCACAUCUCACAAAAGCCGAGGCCGACAAGGAAGUUCUCCAGAUCCUUGACCUCUACCGUCGAGUGUACGAAGACCUUCUCGCUGUCCCUGUGAUUCCUGGUGUUAAGUCCGAGAAGGAGAAAUUCGCAGGAGGUCUUUACACCACAACAGUCGAAGGCUUUGUCCCGACCACAGGCCGUGGAAUUCAAGCAGCCACUUCUCACUGUCUCGGACAGAACUUUUCCAGACCGGAGAUGUUCAAUAUUGUUGUAGAAGAUCCGAAUGACCCAACCGGCCAGGGUAAAAUCUACGUUUGGCAAAACUCUUGGGGUCUGUCUACAAGGACGAUAGGGGUCAUGGUCAUGGUUCAUGGUGAUGACCAAGGAUUAGUGUUGCCUCCACGAGUUGCUAGCAUCCAGGUCGUCGUCGUUCCCUGUGGAAUUACUGUGAAGACUACGGAUGAACAGAGAGCGGGAAUUAAUAAAGCUUGUGAAGAUCUCGCUGCGACGCUUAAGAAAGGUGGGAUCAAGGUCAAGGCUGAUCUUCGUGAUGGGUAUACUCCUGGGUACAAGUUUAACGAUUGGGAGCAGAAGGGUGUUCCUCUUCGUCUGGAAAUAGGGCCCAAGGAUCUUGCUGGAAAGCAAACCUUGGCUGUUCGUCGUGACACAGGAGAGAAGAGUCCUCUGUCCCUUGACAACAUCGUCACUGGCGUUUCUGAGUUACUCGAAGCGAUCCAUAAGUCCAUGUUCGAGAAGGCCCAGAAGAGAUAUUACGAAUCUAUCAGGGCGGUCACAAAGUGGGAGGAUCUGGUACCGACGCUGGACGAUAAGUGUAUUGCGGUUUUGCCUUGGUGUGAGGUUGAGGCUUGUGAGGAUGAUAUCAAGGAGAGGAGUGCUCAAGCGUCUGAACAAACUGAUGAGCGGGCGCCUUCCGCUGGUGCGAAAUCAUUAGCUAUUCCUUUCGAUCAGUCGAAAUGGGAGCCUAUCGUACCAGGGAAGACGAAAUGUCCGGGGUGUGGGCAGGAUGCAAAACGCUGGACGAUGUUUGGGAGAUCUUACUAGAUGUGUGGGGUUAAUUCAGUGUGUUUUUACAAUGCAUAUAUACAAUAUUUUGGAAUCGGGUUAUGUAGUUGACUGUUGGUAUAAUAAAACAAUAAUUCCCC